AUGUCGGUCAUCAGUCGCAGUACGGUCUCGCCAGCUCCAGCAUCUAUACCCGAUCCCAAGACGACGAAUCACCGCCUACCCGAUCCUCCGCGGCCACAGCCGCAGGAGCAACAGCAGCUGCAUCCGCGGCGGUCAGCGGCCUCGCGACGGCGGUCGAAGCGUGUCAACGCGCUCGGAUGGUGCAUGCAACGACAACUCGGUACGUCAGCGUGGGCCUCACCCGUGGACGAGCGAAAGUACUGGUAGCACACCCCUCGACCAGCGCUGCACCACUGACAUCCGGCUACCCCGCACUCGGUACAUUGGCCAACAGGUGUCUCGUUGAGCGUCAUCGUCGUCGUGCUCGCAGUCAAUGCCGCCUCGAGGGCCGAACUGUUCCUCUCGACGCGGUGGACACCGGCACCGUCGUACCAUCUGCGCAACCCGUUCUCUCGCUUCCUGUACCUCUCGUUCCGGCUACCCGACUCGGAUCUGUAUUACAAGGGUAGAGAGUACGUCACGCCGCCGCUGCUCCACGAGAUCGCGCUCGCUCUUCGCAGCCGUAGAACCAAGAGAUAACCGCGUCGAAUCCGCGCCAAGAAUGUUGCUCAUCCCCCGCUUGUUUCCACCCGCGUUGCCUCGUUUUUUAUUUUUUUUAUUUUUUUCUCUUACAGUGACGCGUACUUCAUCGCUUGGUGGGUCGUCGUGUUUUGGUUCUUGAGGGAGGCGUUGAUGAGGUGGGUCUUGGCGCCAUUCGCGAGGCGGAGCGGCAUCAAGGAGGAGCGCAACGUGGUCAGGUUCGCCGAGCAAGGGUGGUCGGUGUUCUACUACGGUGAGUUCUCUGUUCGUGCGAUUUCGGCUGUUCCUUAUGGAUCACUGAUGUUUUUAAGAAUCAUCCUCGGGGAUGUAGUCAUAUUUUGGUCGCUUGGCCUGGUGAGUGGGCGAUACUUGAAUUAACCCGUCCUUCAGAGUCCCCUCAGCCGGUUCUAAAGGGAGCCAGUUGCUUACGUUUUCCCGUCCCUCACACGCGCUGCAUUACUACAGUACAUCAUGCAAACAAGCCCUUAUGCCUGGCUCAAUACGCGCGAGUUCUACGUCGGGUACCCGCACAUCGCCAUUUCGGGCCUCACCAAAUUCUACUGUCCGUUCCCUUCGCCAUGGAUGCGCCGUUUGAUCUGGUGUUUGGUGCUGAUCCUACCCCCUUUUUUUACUCGCUCUCUUUAGACUUGGCUCAAACGGCUUGUGAGUUGUCACUCGUGCGGAACUGGAGAUGCAAAGUUGCUUAGCCGAAUUAUUUUCUAUGUCGCAGUCUGGGUUCAACAGAUCAUCGUGAUCAACCUAGAGGCUAAGCGCAAGGACUACUACCAAAUGUUCACGCAUCAUAUCAUCACCACCCUUCUGAUGAUGUUGAGUUAUAUUCAAAACUGGACACGUAUCGGGACGGCGAUCUUGUGCACGAUGGACGUGGCGGAUAUUCUUCUCUCGGUUAGUCGCGUCGACACUCGCAAAAGGGCCAUGCGUAAAGUUCUGACCCAUACGUUCCCCGCUCAGUCCGCGAAAUUGAUCAAGUACUGCGACCGACCUCAAGCCGCAGAUGUCAUGUUUGCCGUCUUCCUCGUGGUGUGGAUCGCGACCCGACACGUCGCGUUCGGGAUGAUCACCUAUAGCGUCUACGCCGAAGCCCACCAGAUCCUCGAAUACGACUGGCGCCCCCAGGACGGUUACUUCCACUCCUGGUGGGCCAUGUUCAUCUUCAAGUUCUUGUUGACGGCGUUGCAGGUUCUUUUGGUGAUUUGGUUGGGCAUGAGUAAGUGCUUGGAGGGAACACUCGAUUGGCUUUCAGCGAUGUGCUGACGUCCCUACGCUUGCCGAUUGUGCCUUCUGACAGUCCUGAGAGUUGUGUGGAAAAUGGUGGUUGUUGGGGCGGUUGCCGAGGAUAUUCGCAGCGAUGAUGAGGCCGAGAGCGAGGCCGAGGAGGACGACCAGGACAGUGAGAUGGACAACGAGAAGGAAUGCGAGUUGAAGCGACUGGUCAAGGGUCGCGAGAAGGUCGGGACCGCGUUCUCCAAUGGGCAUUCGCGUUCGACGAGUACGGAGGUGGAUGAACGACCAAAGGCUCUGCCGUUGCCCAAGGAUCUGACAGUCAAGGCGACGAAUGGGCAUGGCAAGACGCUAGUCGAAAGCCACGAAGUGACCCGGCGGACCAACUGUCGGUAA